AUGGGCCCCGAAAAUGCUGCAGUUCCCAACUGUGCGCCUGACGGAGCGCGCGCAUCGCCCCCCCUCGAAAACAAACUGAUCAAUUAUCUGCACGAAGGCGUCGUAGCUAAAGAGCAAGAGCUCAACGACACAUACGAUGAUGACGACUAUGAAAAUGGCUGGGCCAAGAACGAGGCCUUGCACGAGCUGGCGGAAAAAGCCAUUCUCCGUCUCGCGGCCCUCCUAUUCGAGCAGAAGGCCCCCUCGGCAAAGACUUUCCCCAAGGGCUUGAGCGUUCAGGAUCUGGUUUGGCACCCCAAGGUCCAUUUCCGUCUCCAGACCAUCGACGGCACUGCAAAGAUCUUUGAGAUUACCCCCGACCAGGCCGUCUGCGCGCCAGAACGGGAGAUCCUGCCCGGCCCGGAUGCAUCCUUCACGCCGGAUCCCCGCUUCCCGAUGCACUCGGCAGGCAACAUCCAGGUCCUCAAGAUCUUUGACAGCGGCAACGGUCCCGCGUGCCAGGUCCGCCUCGACGACGGCCAAGUCGUCGUGCCCAAGACGCUGCCCAACGGCCUCAAGAGCGACGACAUCAAGCGGGAGAUGCGCAUGCUGGUGGCCAUCCACGACGCCGAGGCGCGGCUGGGCAUCUCCGUCGCCACGCCGCACCUUCUCGGCUACGUGACGCACGCCGAGGACCCGGACCUCGUCAUUGGGUUCUUGAGAGAAUGGGUCCCGUCGUCAUCCCGCCUCGGCGCGACGCUGGAGUGCGUCCCGCUGGCCAAGACGGAUGUCGACACGCGGCAGAAGUGGGCAGACCAGAUCAAGGAGACAAUGGACGACUUGCACGACAUGGGCCUCUCCUGGAGCGACUGCAAGGCUGCCAAUGUCAUUGUAGACGAGUAG